GUCAGUUCCCAGUCUGCUUGUUAUUAACGUCUGAUAGACUAGUCGGAUUGUAGCGAUGCUGCAGAGGGGGAGAGAAUCUGUCUCCACCAGUAUCACUCACGCCGCACUUUGCACUUGAUAGUCGCAGGUUUGGACUCUCCUGCUGGCCCCUCUCUUAGUGACCCGCACCCAGCGAAAGCUGAGCUCAAAUCGAAGACACCUCUCUCUCUCUCAAAAAAAAAGAUUCGGUUGCUGCUGAAACUGAUUUUCUCCAAGCCUGAGCGAGUAAGGCAGCGAGAUGCCACGCUCAUUCCUGGUGAAGAGCAAGAAAGCGCAUAGCUACCAUCAACACAGACCCAUCGAGGAUGACUACAACAGCAGGCUGGAGCAUAUCCUGGCACACAUCUCCUCAGACAGUAAGCUGCCGGAAGACGCCCCCUCUGCGGACUCCAAAGGCGGAGUUUCGCCCAAUUCCCAAGCGGUGGAGGCGACCGACGUGCCGGAAUCUCCCGUGAGCAGCGAGGAUGGUGUCUGUGGUAGAACUUCCGAGUAUGAGGAUUUCUGGAGACCCCCCUCUCCGUCUGCGUCGCCAGACUCUGAGAAAUCUCUCUCCCCGUCUCUGGAAGAGAAUCAUCCCUUCGCGGUACCUCUGAAGCAGUAUGGAUGGAGUAACUACACAGGUUCCGAAUUGAAGUACCUGAUGCAGAAUUACCGCCCCCCAGCUCUGGAGCGGAGCUCCGCCGUGGGGGUGUACAGCGAACGGAACUCCAUCGCUGGCCUCUACCCGAGCUCCGCCUCUGGCUUUUACAACGACCGCGGUCCGGCUCACGGGCUGUACGGCGACCUCGGCACCGCGUCCGCUCUGUACAACGAGCGGAGCCGCAACUUCAACGAGAAAAGUGACGAAGUGAAAACGGAAUCCGGGCUCCUUUGCACCCGACUGCUCCUCAACAACGGCUCCUACAAGUGCAUCAAAUGCAGCAAGGUCUUCUCCACUCCUCAUGGUCUGGAAGUUCACGUCCGCCGGUCUCACAGCGGUACCCGCCCUUUCGCCUGUGACAUUUGCGGAAAAACCUUUGGCCACGCGGUCAGUCUGGAACAGCACAAAACUGUUCACUCGCAGGAAAGGAGUUUUGACUGCAAAAUCUGCGGGAAAACAUUUAAAAGAUCGUCCACGUUGUCCACGCACCUGUUGAUCCACUCAGACACCAGGCCUUACCCGUGUCAAUUUUGCGGGAAAAGAUUUCAUCAGAAGUCAGACAUGAAAAAGCACACCUUCAUCCACACAGGUGAAAAGCCCCAUAAAUGCCAGGUCUGCGGCAAAGCCUUCAGCCAGAGCUCUAAUCUGAUCACCCACAGCCGCAAGCACACCGGAUUCAAGCCGUUCGGCUGCGACCUGUGCGGUAAAGGAUUCCAGAGGAAAGUGGAUCUCCGGAGACAUCGCGAGACACAGCAUGACAUCAAAUAGACCAGGAAAAAUAUAAAUCUGGACUCCUGCACGGCAAGGGGCCCUUGUGAAUUCUGUGUGAAUCGCACGCGAAACUCUACCUGGGAUUAUAACCCUGGCCUUUCUGUGACCCACUGACUAGCUGCGGCCUUAAACCACCGUCAGACUCUAACAUCAGGUGCUUGUUCGAUUUGUGCAGUGUUUCAGAAGCAAACUUCUUAAAUUAUUGUAGAUGGGUGCAUCAUUGUUACAAUAUUUUUGGGAUGCAUGCGUUUAAACCAUCUGAAAGAUGUUUUAUUUCUGAGCAGUAAAGGGAACAGUCUGAUUAAAUUCCCCGUUGCUCAACGUUGUAUUGGCACUCUGUGACUUUUAAAUAGAAGUACAGUAAUAAUUUAUAUCUAAAAAACCGGGAAGGGCAGUCCGCCACAGCCCGGCGACCCUUGGUAAAUUUUCUAAAAUCCACUUACAGCUUCCACUUGAGAAAGACCCAUCGAAAGUCUUACAGAAGCAAAAUGCAAUAGUUGAACAAAUAAUUGCAUUGUAAAACUCAUUGUGAUCUACGUAUUUCGCAUGUCGUUACCAUUGAUGUCAAUAAUUUUGUUUCUGGGAGACGUGGUAUUCAAUCGCACGUCGCAGGAACUGGAGAGAUUUCCGUCACGUACUGGCGUUUGAGGCGACUAAGCCCCCGCAAUGUCCACCACGCAACCUAAGUCUAUCGCAGUUUUACCCUUAGUCUGAUGAAACCAGUCUCUGCUACCCAACGCCAGCAGGAAGACCUUCGAGAGCAGACAGGUAUCCCCAAUGAUUCUAAAUUGCCCCUCGCAAAUCCAAAGCCUGGAAAGAGAAGGGUGGGCCAGGAACCCUCCAAGAUAAGAUAACUGUGGCCAUCUCAAGAAAGGAGACAAACGCAGCUGCAGUAACUACGGAGAGUUCUUCUUGUAUUCUGCCAACAAGAAAGUCAUUGUUAGGAUCCUCCAGUGCCUGAAGAGCUGCUCCUCCAUUCGAAGCGUGAGCUUUAUCGGAUACCAACUCGAAGACAAGUGCAGUGAGCAGUGCCCACUAUUACACUGGCCUUCUUUGAUCUGACAGAAUCCAUCAAUCAGGAGAGACCGUGGGGCACCCUUCUCAAAUUUGCUGCAGGCCACGAUUUUAACCAACAAGGGCCAUAACAGAUCCGAUCUCGUUGAAGACAAUGGCGAGCAAGGGUGCGUCACCUUUGCAACACUUCUCUCCGUAACACUCCAAGUCAAUUCCCACUGGAAUGGAACGAAUCCCCGGGACAAAUGGGAAAAUAUCCAACCCGCGAUUCUUACACUCCACAAUCAAAGCCAUCUCCGCCUGCAGUUUUCAAGCCUGGUACAAUACAAUUGGUGUAUCUUCAUCUUUGGAGAACUAGCGCCAGAUUACGACAGGCAUGAAAUAUAAUUCCCACAAACCCAAGGUCCGAUACCAACCUUCCCCUGUGGUACGCCAAGGAGCACCGUGAAACGCUGACAGGCACUGGUAAUGAAAUUCGCCAUUACGUCCAUUGUCCUCAAUUCGCAUUAGGCCAUCUGAAAGAAACGGUGAAGAACAAGCCCUCCAGUCCAAAAGUUCUUGGGUUGACGCGGAGAAAUGAUCACGAUCCUCCUGUGCACCUUGGGGGGUGGGGGGGGGGGAUGAUGGAUUAUUAGUGGCGCAAUGACUCCAGUUGAGUGUGAUGUUCUAAGGCGAUGUCUAUUGAUGGGUCCUCAGGUGGCCGAUGCGGGGUGGACUACCUCUGGAACUGGAGGACCACCAACACCGUCCCCACUGAAAUCUCCAAAUCUACUGGUGUCCAUUUCCCACCACCUACGUCCCAAUUACUCUCAGAAUUUCUGGACAGGUUGCGUUGUUUACGCAACCUAAAUACUCUAAUCGAAGUGCAUAUAGUGCAAGAGGUUACCAGGUGGGCAAGGAGAACACCAAAAGAAUUUUCUCCGAGUCUCCUCGAAACGAAAUUGUAAAAUCCCCAUCUAGUUGUCAGGAAUCCUGCUCAAAAUGGUGAAGGAUUGAUUCGGGAAUUUCACGCCCCUUCGCAGGAACACCCAAUGUGUAUGGCGGAAAGGAAGGGUCACCUCUCUAACCACCCACCCGCCAUCUCUGUCAGACACGUCCUGUCCCACUUGUAACAGAGUGGGUCCUGCUUUCGCCUCAUUUCUCAGUUCAGACCCUGUGGAACUGGAGUGGGAACUGGUCAUCCUCCGUCCCAAGGGUCUGUGUGUGAAGAAGGAACCUCACAGCCGGGAUUUACAUGACAAGAAAUGGAUUUGUCCUUACUCUGACGGUCCGCAACAGUUGUCCCGCGGAGAUGUGUUUGGUAAAUAGAUCAAUCCAAUAUUUAUCGUAACUCGCUUUGAGUUUUUUUUAAAGAGAUGAUAAAGUAAGUAGGAGACACAAGAGACUGCAAACACUGGAAACCUGGAGAAACACAAACAAAACACUGAAGGACCUCAGCGGUCAGACAGCGACUAUGGAGGGGAAUGGAUAGUUAACGCUUCCGGUCCAGACCCUUCGUCAGGUAACCUCCAUCGAUACUGUCUGACCCGCUGAGUUCUUCCAGAUAUUCUUUGUGUUAAUAACAUCAUUAAAUGGUCAAGAAAAAAUUGGAAAUAACAUAGCUUCAUUAAUCUCCCUUCUGCAAGAAUGUAUCUAUCAUGAGUCUUAUAGUACAGAAGCUUUAGGAAGUCUUUCAUCAAUUGAAAUCAUCAGUCAAAGUCAAAAGCGGAGUCGGUAGAAGAUUUCUUCCUUUAAAUUAUUUUAAAAUUGAAAGAGAGUAAAUUAAAACGUGCCUUAAAUAUGAGAGUCUCUAAAUAACACAGACUCCAGUCUUAUUACGACCUACAUGCGGCCGGCAGCAAGUAUAAAUAUCCCGAUGAAUGGUCUCGGCCUGAAACGUCGACUGUUACUCCUCUCCAUAAAUGCUGCCCGGCUUGCUGACUUCCUCCAGCAUUGUAUGUGUGUGUGUGUGUGUGUGUGUGUGUGUGUGUGUCUGUGUUCCUCAAGGUUUCCAGCUGCAUAAUCUCUUGUGUUUAACGUUAGAAGCUAGUAUUUUUUUGGAGAGCAUUAGAAUUGGUGAAAAGGGAAAAUUGACUAACGAGCAAAGGCCACCAAAUUCAGAGGUGGAACGCCUUACUCAAGUAUGUGAAUUUUGUGUUAACUUUGUGUGAUACUAUAAUAUAUUGCAAUUUAUUUAUUCACAAC